CAUGAGGGUAUUCCUGUGACAAAUGGAGAGUUAAGAUCUAGGGAAGAUAUAACUGUCAAUGAGAGUCAGAAAUCUGCCCGGACAGCUUCUUCUGCAGCAAAGCAGGAACGUGCGAAGAAUGGGGUACAAAACAGACCUGCAGUGCCAAGUUACAUGGCAGCAACUGAAUCUGCAAAAGCAAAACUGAAAGCAUAAGCCUCGCCAAGGUUGGACCAAGAUGGAAUUGAGAAUCAUAAUCUCAGUAGGCGUCAUUCUUUGCCAGCUUCAACUAACAAGAAAACAAAUUCGUCGUCGCCAAGGGCACAGAGACCAAUACAUUCGGGUGGAAAAGGUGGAAACAAAAGUGAUAGAUCUAUGUUGUCAUCUAGAGAUGGAAAUGGUAAGAAAUGGAAGAACUCCAACCAACCUGCUAAAAAGAAUUCCAAGCUUACUCAUAUGCUGCAGAGCUCUCUAGCAGUAGAUUGCAAGACCCUGAUGUUUGUCCAGAUCAGCCCAAGUGCUGCUGAUUUGGGAGAAACUCUGUGCUCACUUAAUUUUGCUAGCCGUGUGAGAGGGAUAGAGCAUGGACCUGCUCGUAAACAGGCAUACCUCACAGAGCUUGUCAAAUAUAAGCAACUGGCAGAAAAAGCCAAGCAUGAUGAGAAGGAAAUGAAGAAAUUGCAGGAUAGCUUGCAGUCGUUGCAAUUACGACUUGGUUCUACAGAACACUUCUGCAGAAGUCUUCAAUAGAAGGUUCGAGAUCUUGAGAACGAAUUAGCUAAGGAGAGAAAAACCAGACUAAAACAAGAAACUAGAGCUUUGGCUGCUGUUUCUGCUCAGUCUCCAGCUUUGUCAGCUCUAAACCAAGCACAGAAGACCAUAGUAGAGAAAAAACCACCAUUGGGUCCCUCAAGAUUGAGAUUGUCUUUGCGAAGAAUCACCAAUUUCUUGCCCCCGCCAGCACCACAUCACAAGACCAGCACUCCCACUUCUUCUAUUCUCCCUGUCUCAACAGAUGACAAGGAAAAUAUAUCGAACACAACCAAGACAAAGGCAUCCUUGAAAGCAAGACGUGGAUCCAUUGCUGUCAGACCUCCUCCUCCAGCAACAAAUCCAGAUUUGACCAAUGCAAAUUGUACAAUAUGUUUGAGAUAUCAAACAGGAGAAGGAUGCAAAUUUAGGUCUUCUAAGAAAAAAAUGAUAACUAUACUAAACGCUCUUCUGCAAGAAAAAUAAUAAUGAUUCUAU